AUGGUGUACAAACACGAGUGGGUCAACCACUCGAAAAACUACGUCGACCCGGACACCGGCGCCCACACGAACCGAAUUGAGGGCACGUGGGAGAUCCGGAUCAAGCAGCACAUCAAGCGCAUGCGCGGCAUGCCGUACCUGUGGCGCUCGUGGUUCCUGCCGGAGAAGUCGACGCCGACCGACUCGCUGCGAGGUCUCAUCAAGACCAUCAGGAAGUACGCGUGA